GAUAAAGUAAAUGAACAUUUUUACGAAGAAAAGAACUUGAUCAUAGCAAACAAAAAAUAAAUUUGAUAUGAAAUUUGUGUUUUAAAAAGAUUGUGUGGCGAAAAAAAUUAGUUCAAACGUGAAAAUCGAAAAAUCAAACACGAAAAACUAAACACAACACACAUUGAGAAAAUAUGUUCAAUAAUAACUAUGUAUGUAAUAGCAACCAAAUCAAAUUAAGUAUUGUCCCGGCUUUAUUUGGCAAGUAGAGUGCAUCAGCAGUGCAGCUUUAAUACAUAUAUUUACUAUAUAUAUCUAUCUAAACAAUACAGACAAAAUAUACGCAAUUUUCUUGCACAAUCUACUCCGUGGAAAAGAAAAACGAAAUUCGCAUCAAACUUAUUUUUGAAACACACACACACAAACUCACACAGGCAAACAAAUACUGCAACUGAAAAUCAAAUCGCUGGAUUGCGAGCAUUCAAAGUAAAUCGGCCAUCUCGUGCUGACACAUCGCUUUCGGAAUUGUGUUCUUUUAUUUUCGCUGCUAAUUUUUCAAAAUCGUAGCGAGCGAAAUCAAACGGACGGAAAAAGACAAGAGUAAAAAAACCAGUACAUAAAAAAAUGCAGUGCAAUGUAAACAAUGCCGUAAACUGAUUGACAGAGAACCAAUCGAUGAUUGAAAAUUGACAAGAGAACGCGAAACAGAAUCCCGACGUCAAAAAUCAAAGUGAACAACUAACAAAAAAAAGAAGAGACAAAGCAUACACACAACUACACAUACACACGUGAACGAAAUAGUAUCUGCAGCCAUCGUAAGAGUUUUAUGUUGUAUUUUAUAUUUCGUAUUUUGUGAAUGAGUGAGUGCGUGGUGAAAAUUCGCUUGAAACGUUUUCUACAUUUCAACCGCCAGCCACACUGAAUCAACCGAAAACAUCCGACCGAUACUCUUCCAUUUGGACCCACAGCAAGUGUAAAAGAGAAAGCAACAAUCCUCGCAUUUGAAAACUUCACCGCAAAAAAAAAACAAUUUCACUCGACGGAGCGCGAAAAAAAACAUAAAAACCAAGCGCAAAAGAAACACAAAGCGACAGAACAGUCAAAAAAUCCCAAAAGCGCUGAACACAAUCCAUUCAUUUGGUGAAAAAUAUAUACUUAAUGCGACUUUUUCUAGUCCCCAUUUGCCAUAACCGAUAAGUUUCUUAGUGUGACUUUUAAUUGACAAACCCUUCUUCCUCCCCCUCCAAUAUAUAAACCAAAGAAGAGAGUGACAAACGAAAUUAAAAACCGUGAAAGUGAGUCGAAAACAACAAACGGUUUGAAUCGAAAUCCAAACGAAAUAAAUCAUUUGAAGUUUUCACCGAUCGAAGAUUGCGGAAACAGUAAAAUUGAUUCCAGCGAUAACGAAACAAAAAAAAAUUAUUCAUCGUCGAGUACACGAAAUAAAACAUACAAAACGAUAAGAAAAGACCACAAACAAAUAAAACAUCGAUCAAUUUUGUGAUAUAUUUUCAAACAACAACAAAAAAGUUAAAGUUAUUUAUUAAAAUUACAAUUCAAAAGGAAUUAAAUUACAGAAACGAAACGUUUUAGAGAAUCUAGACUACGAAAAGAGAUUAAUCAUCACUGUGUAAAACAAACGAAAUGAAUUGAGUUGAAAACUCGACAUUACAAAAAACGACGCAGAAAAAUCGAAUCAAACUGGUGAUAAAUAAAAAGUAAAACAAACAAUUUUAUUUUCGAGUACGGGACAAAAUACAUACAAACACAUAAACCUCUAAUCAAAGUUAAAUUCUUUGCGUACGUGUAAAACAAAGAAAGAAAAAAAACAAACACAAGCUAUUUCAAGAAGGCAUCCGUAUAAUGGCAUCAAUGGUCAACAUGAAUAAUCUAUUAAAUGGUAAAGAUUCGCGUUGGCUUCAAUUGGAAGUGUGUCGUGAAUUCCAGAGAAAUAAGUGCUCACGACCGGAUACCGAAUGCAAAUUCGCUCAUCCACCGGCCAAUGUUGAAGUGCAGAAUGGACGUGUCACGGCUUGCUAUGACAGCAUCAAGGGCCGUUGUAACCGUGAAAAGCCACCAUGUAAAUAUUUCCAUCCCCCACAACAUUUAAAAGAUCAACUAUUAAUAAAUGGAAGAAAUCAUCUUGCCUUGAAAAACGCACUUAUGCAACAAAUGGGCAUCGGUCCCGGCCAACCGGGAGUUAUACCGGGUCAAGUUCCUGCAGUGGCCACGAACCCGUAUUUAACUGGAAUGCCAGCUAAUACAUAUAGUCCAUAUUUUGCUCCUGGUCAUUUAGUGCCUACAUUAUUAGGACCUGACCCUUCAACUGUUGGCUCUCCGCUAGGACACACUGUCGUUCCACAAGCCGUUCCAGUUGCACAACAGAAAAUUCCCCGCUCAGAUAGACUAGAGGUGUGUCGCGAAUUCAUGCGCGGCGCCUGCAAGCGAGCUGAAUCCGAAUGCCGAUUUGCUCAUCCACAAGAGAGUGUAUCAUCACAUGAAGAUGGUUCAGUCACGGUAUGCAUGGAUGCCGUGAAAGGUAGAUGUGCCCGUGAACCUUGCCGCUACUUCCAUCCUCCUUUGCACCUUCAGGCUCAAAUAAAAGCAGCACAGACACGCGCAACCGCGAUGGAUAUGAAAUCGGUAGGAUCAUUCUACUAUGAAAAUUUUGCUUUUCCUGGCAUGGGUGUACCUUUUAAGCGACCAGCCGCCGAUAAAUCAGGCAUACCAGUCUAUCAACCCGGUACAACAUACCAACAACUGAUGCAGUUACAACAACCAUUUGUUCCAGUUUCAUGUGAGUACCCUAGCCCCAGUCCUACUGCAACUACAACUUCAAAUCCACAAUCAUCUACAGCAAAUCCAAUAACAACAAUCGAUAAUAAUAAUACCGUUAAUAAUAACAAUAAUAAUAAUAAUAAUAACAUCGAUAACUUGAUGACAAAUAACGAAAAUAACAACAACAACAAUAAUAAUAAUAGUAAUAAUAAUAAUAAUGAACAAAAUAAUAACGAAAACAAUAACAAUAAUAAUAAUAAUAACGAUGUGGAAAAUCAUCAUCACGUGGAAAAAGUUGUGACGUCCGUACCGUCAACGACAGUUCAGGAAUUAUUAACCGGUGCCGUUGUGCCAAGUGCUGCUGCAGCAAUUGCAGCAAAUCAAUCGCAAUCGGUCAGUAUUGUCGAUGGUCAAAAGAUCGGCACUGAACUCAUGCAACACGUACAACAACCGACAAUUUAUGUAAAUAAAGCAGCGAGCACUGCGCCAACAUCAAUGGUGCAACCAAAAUUGGUUAGCACACCAAUUCAAACAGCACAAUCAAUUCUCAAUUCAACAUUCGUGCCUCAUUCACAGUCACAAGCCCAUACCGUUGUAAGUCAACCACAAUAUCAACCAUAUAGUGGUUCAACAACACAAUAUGUAACGUCAUUGUCAAAUCAUAAUGCUGCCAUCUAUAAUUUGACAUUUUCAUCGGCCCAAUCAGCAGCAGCUGCAGCGGCCGCAGCUGCUGCAUCACAACAAUCAUCGGCAUUAUAUAAUAGUACAAAUGGUGUUACACUUGGUGGCCAAACGGUACAAAAUAUUUCCGAUCCGGCCACAUUGGCACGUGAAUUGGCCCAAAAAAAUUAUGCAAAUGCCUUAAAAUUGGCGGCCGCAUCAAAUAUGUACUCGGGAAAACCGUUGACUGCAUUCAAUUAUACUGGCGUUGCCUUGAAUAUGAACAAUAAAAAUCCAUUGUUGCCUACACAAACACCAAAACCAAAACAAUCGCACAUUACACAACAUUUGACAACGGCACAAUUUGCGGCCGCAAAUCAAGCGGCCGCAAAUCAAGCAGCCGCCGUUCGUCAAAUUGGUCAAUUUAAUCAUCAAAUGAAUCAAAUGACCCAAAUGAGUCAAAUGAGUCAAAUGGUUUCAAUGGCUGGUAAUGUAAAUAAUACAACAACAUCGGCCGUUUUUUCACGGCCAUCGGCCAUGUUUGUACCAAAUCAAACGAUGGCCGCCCAACAAUUUUUACGCCAUUCAAAACCAGCCAAUGCAUCGCCUUUAAAUACAAUGCCUUUGAAUGGAAUGUCAUUAAAUAAUAUGCCAUUAUUGCCUUUUGCCGGCAAUCAUCCAAUGUCGAAUCUACAAACAGUCACACCACAUCCAUACAGCGGUUUGGGUCAAUUGCAAACAUUACCACAAUUAACGAAUGCACAACAAACGGCAGCCAAUGCAGCCGUUGUACUGAAUCCAUACAAAAAAAUGAAAACAUCUUAAAUUUUUUUGUAAUCAUUUGAUUUUCAGUCGUGUCACUAAUCGCACCCUUGUGCGAUUCCAUUUUGAGAUUCAAAUCUCUGUGUGUGACAAGGAAUUGAUACCGUUGCCUUAAUUUUAACGUCUGGCCUGAACGGGAUUUAAAAAACCCCACAAUUUAAACUGUGUUUCUUCUAUUCAAACUCUUUAGUGUUAUACUAUUAUUAUUUUAAAAAAAUACGCUAUGGCUUUUUUGUCCAUUUGAUUUUGUGCGGUGGAACAAUGGAACUAACGUCGUAACCUCAAUUUAGUCAUUAAUUAGAAGACUUUUGUAUUUCAAUUUUUCGUUUUGUUUGAUGAGGGAGACAGUUCCACCACCAUUUUUUUUAGUGAACGAUCGACAUGCACAAAAACAAAUCAUAAGACCGGCUAUUAGAAAGGCAUUUUGUUGAAACAACAAAAAAAAAAAACAAAGUUUUUUUUAAGUAAAAUUUAGGAUUUUUAUCAAUCCCUUUUGCUAAAAGAGAGAACCUCUUUUUUAACUUAAAAAUAAAUGCAUAGCAAGAUAGACAGGAAAACGGGUGACUUAUUUUUAAUUCUAUUUUUAGUUUGCACAAAUCAAAAUCAAAAAAAAUUAAAUAAGAUCAUUGCUCUCGUAUUUCUAGACUUUCUCUUUUUUUUUUAAUAUAAUAAUGCAAUGAAACUUAAAAAUCAAAACGGAAAAAAUCUAAAAAAAAAAAAUUAAUUAACACAAUUUAACAAAAGGAUUUUAAAAGAAAUUAAGCAAAAAAAAAAGAAUAAUCGAGCGUGUAUUGCAAAUAAAUUCGUAAGUCAUACUAGUCAUUUCGGGUCGAUGUAUCAUUUGAAAUUUAGUCGAUCUGAUCUACAGAAACUGUUUACGUUCAAUUAUUUUUUGUUCUUUUGUUAUUUAGACCCAUUGUUUAGUGAAUUCUUGGAAUUAUGUGCUUAUUAUUUCAAAUAUAUUACGUUUUUUUGUGUCUCUUCAUUAGAUUAAAUUUUAAAUGAAUGUGUUUGGUUAAACCAGAACGCAUAAAAUUUUACCUCGUCUUUAGUUUAUCGUCAUAAUAAUAAUGAAUUUUUUUUAGCUUAUACAAAGAGACGUGAUGUCUCUUGAAACGUGUGGACUUUUUAUGUUCUUUCGUGGUAGUCAUUAUGAUAAAAAUCGUUGAUUAAUUUUGUGUUUUUAAGCGUCAUUUAAACUAGAACUUAAAAUAAAACAAACAAUUAUUAGGGGGUGAAACUUUCAUUUUGAUAAAACGAAUCAAUUUGACAACGAUGCAAAAUGUGCACUGUGAUAUGUUUCGAAUGUUGAAAUUGAUAAAGCAAAAAGAGAAGAAAAAAAAACGAGCGGUGUCGUCGAACGAUUUUGAUUUUUUGAAAAUGUCCACAAAUUGGGAUUGAUGAAAAGUUCAUGUCUUAAAACGGGCAACUCCUGCAUGCUUAUUUAUUUAGUUCUAUAUAUUAUAUAUGUCUUUGCUUUAAAAACACAGUUGUGUAAUAAUUGCGCGCGUAUCAACACGAACGCUUGUCAUUCUAUUCUAGUUUUCCCUAUUGCAUUUGCGCGCAGGCAUCGUUGCGACCAAAGACAAAACAACACACACACACUUUUCGCUUUGUUUGUUUAUUACAUGCUGUCAGCUAUUGUUCGAUUCACAUAUUUUAUGUUUUGCUUUAAACACCACAGUGUGUCAAAUGUGCCGUACAAAAAAUGAAAUACCUGUGCAUCAUCGAUGUUAUGUAUCGCAAUGUGAAAAUGCGAUUGUGAAUGUGGCGCCUCGUACUUGCCAAUGCAUACGCUUUCAUAUUAUAAGAAGAGAGAACAAAAAGCUUUCAUCUUGCCGCUUUUCCACUCUGUGUCUUUCUAUGUUUCUUUUUCACACUCGAACCGACUCAGUCACCUACUUUUAGUUGUGCUUUUUUUUAUCUAUCUGUUUUUUUUUCUCGGGAAAAAAGAGGGCGACAAUAUAUCGACAACAAUUUAGCCACUGCAUGAUUUUAAAACAAAUGCAUCAUUUCAUACGGGCAUGAAAUUGCGGCCGCCACUCAGUGCUCGCUGUGUCACUAUUUUAAUCAUACUUAUUCAACACAAAAACGCACGUGAUCUAAAAUAUAAAUAAAGAUUUAUAAAAGAAAAUCGCCCUUUAAAAAUAAUAAAAUAGUAAUAAUCC